AUGUCGAUCGACGAGCUGAACGAUGAGAUGGUGCGGAGCAUGUCCGUCGGUGCUGCUUUCACAGAUUACGUGUGUGCCGAGGCUUCGUUUGCUUUAUCUCCUGUAUAUUGUCCCUUAUUUUUCUCUCGAAUUAUUUAAUUAUAUAUCUCCUCGUUUUUCUAUAUUGCAACUUGUUUCUAUCUUUAUUGAACUCAAGAUCGAUUAUAAUUCAGUCUUGUGGAACCCGAUGGUCUAGAAAUUAUGCACCUCUAGCGUUCCAUUGGAUUUCUUAUUUUUUUAGAUGUUCAUUGGUCAAAUGAUGCUGUGAGUACGGUUUUUCAGCUUGGAAAGAUUAACUCUCUGGACUUUCAUCGCAAGGACGAUCUUCUGGUCACUGCAAGCGAGGAUGAUUCUAUACGCCUCUAUGACAUUGCCAAUGCUAAGUAAGUUUUCAGAGAUAAUCGCAUCAUAAAACGAGCGAUUAAUUUAAAAUGUUUACGGUGCUCCCAGUUAUUUUUCUGGUUCAUUAUUGAGAUUAUAUAUGCUUCGUUGGUUAAUAUCAUCAGUUAUUCUGCCGUAGGAAAAGCAACUCUAUGAGCCAUGCCUUUUUCUAGUAGUUAUUAUUUAUUUUUCUGUGUCAAAUUCUUAUACAUUUUGGUUUGUCUCGGUCGUCAACAUUGCAAUUUCCAGAAGUUGUAAUCAUGCCUCAGUUGACUGCAGAUUUUCCGUCAGAUUGAGCCAAAAGCUAUUUUCUUUCUAUUUUUUUGUUUGGUUUUGGCCUGUCUACGCACUGCAUUAGCAUCCAUUCUUAGAAGUUUGUGGCUGCAUUUUUUUUUAUCUUCAAGUUCUAUUGUAAACCAUCACACUAUUGAGUCUCUUCCUGAUAUCUUUUAGUGAUCUUCUGGUUUCUCACUAUCUUGAUGAAUCACUUCAAGCCAAAAGUUUUGCAAUGUGUAGAAUGAAUGUGGAUUAUGGGCAACAUAGACGAUAUAAUUUUUUAAUUUUCCGAAAAACUCCUUCAGGAAUUCAGGGUGUCGAUAUUAUAGUCAACGUAUUGGGAGACUUCUACUGAAGUUCCAAUGUUUUUUUACGGAGCUCUAACAAUUGUCAAUAUGUUUUUCACGUGUUUGUGAUGGCCACAAAAAGUAGCAACUUCUCAUGCCAGCAAAGGGAUUUCUCGGAUAAGUCAGGAGAAAGUGGGGCAGAACCCAGGGAAAUGCGACAAACUGAUUGUUUUAGUUGUUUGAUCUAUCCUCCUUAAAUGCGAAUAGAUCUAUGCUCUCCUACCGUCAUAUAUUUGCAUAGCCUUGAGUUUGCGUUACACAGAAAUUGGAGCACCAUUGUCCUACCUCUGCAUUUAGUAGGAGCAUUUUGGCAAACAGUACCAACUGCGUUAGAAGAGCUUGGAUAAAUUUUUUGUCUAAAAGCUCUUUCGAUUCUUAAAUUAGAUUUCUAUUGGUCUGAUUACUGGCUGUAAAUAGCCGUUGUACAUAGAUAGAUUUAUAUCUAUUCAUGGCUAUAUUUCUUCAAACGUUGGUGAUAAAUCGUAACAUGUGGUUUAGCAUCUAUUUAAUAUGAUUUCUCUGUUCAAGUGCUAAACUUCUCAAGAAGCUAACAUUUGUGGUUCAAAACUCAGGCUGCUGAAGACUACUUAUCAUAAAAAGCAUGGUGCAGAUCGGAUAUGCUUCACUCACCACCCAAGUUGUGUCAUAUGCUCUUCAAGACACAGUUUGGAGUCAAAAGGUGAUGCUAUUCUAAACAUCAUUUACAGCUGGAUGUUUGGUGCCUUUUGGAAUGUUAAUUCUAAGUUGCAUGUUAUAUUCCCUCUAGCUUGUCUUUAAUGAGCUUUUGUUUUUCAUAUAGCCAGUUUGUUAAAAUGUAAACUGAAAAAAUUAAGGAUACCACUGGAUUGCUGCUUUGAGAUUGCGGCCUCAGUUCUAUUUCCAUUACAAUUUCAAUGAAUUCCAAAGAAGUUGAUGAAUUCCUCUUACUUCCUUUUUAUGGUCUCGUUCAUAUGGAUCUAAUGAUCCGACCUAUUUUCCAUCUUCUCCAGAGUUUCUCCGUUAUCUUUCCAUGUAUGAUAACCGGUGCCUCCGCUAUUUUAAGGGUCACAGUGAGAGGUGGGUGUGUUGCAACGAAAUGAUUUUACGCUAUAUGCUCAUUUUCUAACACAAACCAUUAUCUUUGGUUGUAGAAUUGUUUCGCUUUGCAUGUCUCCCGUUAAUGACAGCUUUAUGUCAGGAUCUCUCGACCAUAGUGUAAGAAUAUGGGAUCUGCGUGUUAAUGCUUGCCAGGUUAGACGCUGUGCUAUCUACAUAUGUGCAAUUCGUACAAAAGGCAUUUUCACUACCAGAAAUUCAACCAAUUGAAACGCGGUUGCCUUUGUUCAUGUUGUUUUUAAUAUUAUUUUGUUCUCACAGUAUUAGUUUGUGCAGGGACUUCUGCGCUUACGUGGUAGGCCUACUGUUGCAUUUGAUCAGCAGGGCCUUGUUUUUGCAGUAGCGAUGGAAGGGGGUGCCAUUAAGCUGUUUGACUCCCGUUCAUAUGACAAGGCUAGUACUUGAUUCCAGAUCGUUGUACUUAUCUAAUCAUAGGUUUUCCUGAUCAUUUUGCAUACUGCAGGGGCCAUUUGAUACCUUUUUUGUGGGUGGAGAUACAGCCGAGGUCUGUGAUAUCAAAUUUAGCAAUGAUGGCAAGUCCAUGCUUUUGACAACAACGAACAAUAACAUCUAUGUUCUUGAUGCUUAUGGAGGGGAUAAGGUUAGUCCCCUAUCUCAUUUCUGGAGUAACCUAAUCUCAUCGUCGGGAACUAAUCCACUCACAUCUGUAUGCAUUAUGAAGCUACUAUUGGGUUUUAUAGCAUAUCAAUGUCUUGAUGUCAAAAAUAUGUAAAUAACAGGAGUUGCUCUUGGUGGGUACUUGACGGAUUUUUUAUGAUGACUGUAGUUUGGGAGUGUGACUAGUGAUCCUUCUCAAUCAGAUCCACAUACCCUUGAUUUAUAAGGGUGAAAGAAUACGUUGAUAUUACCUUAACUAGAGGUUAGCAGGGAGCCGGUAACCUUGAGCUAUAUCCCGACAUCGUCGAAAUUUCUUUGAUGUUCGGCAACUAUGCUCUGAUGAAUCUAUAAUCCUCAGACCAAUACGUCUCUGAUAUACUUUCAUGGACUCAAUCAGUACCCACCAUCCUAGUGGUUUCGUCCUAUGAAUGUAUACCAUAAUCUCCUCACCACUCCAUGAACUACUUAUGGUCUACUUAUGGCCGCGUUAUCUUAACCAGCUUGUACCUUAUCGGUUCCCCUUGUGCAGCGCUGCGGAUUCAGCAUGGAAUCCUCUCCAAAUUCGACGAUCGAGGCUACUUUCACUCCAGACGGACAGUACGUUCUUUCAGGUCAGAUCUCCUCCCGAUGCUUGUUUCCAAUUCUGCAGAGAGCUCUGUCGGUUGUAGUCCACACUUUUUUUUUCUUCCAAAUAAUCGUAGUGCCAUCAAUCGUAGGAUCCGGUGACGGAACUCUGCAUGCGUGGAGCAUCAACACGCGCAGUGAGGUGCUCCUUUCGAUAUUCACCUCCCGUUCGAUUCAUUUUAGAACAAAGCAAUUAAUUAUUCUUUGAUGCCUUUUUGUCGGCAGGUGGCGUGUUGGAACAGCUACAUCGGUGUCGUCAGCUGCCUGAAAUGGGCUCCCCGCCGGGCCAUGUUCGCCGCGGCGUCUACCUCCCUCGCGCUGUGGAUCCCCAACCCGAGCGCGUCGUAG